AUCUCAUUAAGGCCAUUCGUGCCUGUAAAACCGCCGCCGAUGAGAGAGCUGUCAUCCAGAAGGAGUCAGCUGCGAUUCGUACCAUUUUCAAAGAAGAGAAUAAUGAUGCUCGGCAUUCGAAUGUGGCCAAACUACUCUAUAUACACAUGCUGGGCUAUCCGGCUCACUUUGGUCAAAUUGAAUGCCUAAAAUUAGUAGCGUCUAAUAGAUUUGCUGAUAAAAGGCUUGGAUAUUUGGGAAUUAUGCUCUUGUUGGAUGAAAACCAGGAGGUUUUGACAUUGGUAACGAAUUGUUUAAGAAAUGAUAUGAACCAUUCCAACAUGUAUAUUGUUGGUCUGGCACUAUGUACCUUGGGGAAUAUAUCUUCUCCCGAGAUGUCUGGCGAUCUGUGUGCGGAAGUCGAAAAAAACUUGGGUAGUUCAAAUACAUACAUACGAAAGAAGGCCGCGUUGUGUGCAAUGCGAAUAAUUCGGAAAGUUCCUGAAUUACAAGAAAACUUUCUGAGUAGAGCAAAGUCGCUUUUAAGUGAUCGAAAUCAUGGAGUGUUGUUAACGGCAACUACACUUAUAACCGAGAUGUGUUUGAUAAAUUCGGAAACGCUACAAACAUUUCGCAAGGCCGUACCAUUGCUGGUUAGACAUUUGAAAAGCUUGGUUUCAGCGGGGUUCUCGCCUGAGCACGAUGUCACAGGUAAAGGGGAUGCAGAAGCGAGUGAAGCGAUGAAUGACAUCUUGGCACAGGUUGCCAUGAACACUGAAUCUUCAAAAAAUGUUGGGAACUCGAUCUUAUAUGAAACCGUGCAAACCAUCAUGGAAAUCCAAUCGGAAAGUGGUCUUCGAGUUCUGGCCAUAAACAUACUGGGCAAAUUUUUAACGAACAGAGAUAACAACAUUAGAUAUGUUGCAUUGACUACAUUAAAUAAAACUGUGUUAAUAGACACAAACGCGGUUCAACGCCACAGAAAUAUCAUACUUGAUUGUCUGCGAGAUGGAGACAUUUCUAUUCGUCGGCGUGCGCUGGAGCUCUCAUUUGCAUUAAUUAAUGCUUCAAAUGUUAGGGUGUUGACACGUGAAUUGUUGGCAUUUUUGGAAGUCGCCGAUAACGAGUUUAAACAAGGAAUGACGACAAAAAUAUGCUUAGCCGCUGACAGAUUUGCUCCCAAUAAACGAUGGCAUAUAGAUACAGUAUUGCGCGUUUUGAAACUGGCCGGUAAUUAUGUUCGCGAAGAGAUAUUAUCAAACUUCAUUCGUCUAGUCGCUCAAACUCCCGAGUUAAAUGCUUACACGGUACAAAAAUUAUACGCCGCCUUAAAGGCAGAUAUCUCUCAGGAAUCGUUGACACUGGCUGGGAUAUGGGUAAUUGGAGAAUAUGGUGAUAUAUUAAUAAAAGGUGGUAGUUUUGAAGAGGAGGAGCUCGUCAAAGAACAAGAUGUCAUCGACCUUCUGGAUUCUAUUCUCGUUGGGCCUUAUGCCAACCAGUUGACUCGAGAAUAUAUCCUUACUGCACUCAUGAAACUGACAUCACGUUUCACAUCGAUGCCCGUAAUUCAACAUAUCCAAGCUACCCUUGAAAAGUACAAUACUAGCAUUGAAGUGGAAAUACAACAACGUGCGGUUGAAUAUAGUAACUUGUUUAAGUUUGAGAACAUACGACCCGGGAUUCUGGAAAGGAUGCCAGUCCCGGAGGUCAAAGAAGAACAGAACCGUUCGCAAACCGAAGAUGGUUCUCUUUUGGAAGAGUUUAAUGCGGCCACAACUUCGAAGAAUGAUGGCAUCGAUACGCUUUUAGAUUUUGGGGGCGAUGAUAAUGCCACUCAAUCUAAAACGCCUGUUGUCUCAGAGACUCCUCAAACCACUGUCGACAUCUUGGCUGAUAUUUUUGGCGGUGGACCCGUGACAAAUCCCGCUGCGACCGAGGUCACACCGCCGAUCGCGAAUAAUGACGUUAUGAGUAUUUUUAAUCCUACGCCGAGUGUACAAAAUCCGCCUACACAGAGCAUGCAACCAACAAAUAUUCUGGAUAAUUCGGGCUUGCUUGGAAUUGGGGCGGGACAACCGAUGGCCCCCAUAUCCUCGAGUUUUGAUAUGUUUUCAUCGGCACCACCUGAACCAGAAAAAUAUAUUGCAUAUAACAAGAAUGGUUUUAAGAUUAGUUUAGAUCCGUCCAGAGAUCCAAGCAAUCCCAGAAUUAUCAAUAUCAAUGUUACAUUUCAUAACGUUUCAGUGGGAGCCGUCGUGCAAAAUCUGUUGUUCCAGGCGGCUGUUCUGAAGACACAAAAAUUGCAGAUGCAAUCACCGUCGUCGACUACCAUUGCUCCCGGGGAAACAAGUCAACAAAUAAUUCGAAUUGCCAAUCCUCAAAAAUUAAACAUUAGGUUGCGUCUGAGAAUUUUGUUUACAACGUCAGCGGGUGCGAAAGUGGAUGAGGUGUUUGAUUUUAGCGGGUUUCCACAAGAGUGUCUAAAAAAUUUGUACAUUUUGUGUAAACUGUUUUUCGGAACUUUGCAAGAAUCCAAACAAAAUAAUUAG